AGACCCUCAUCAAAAGCAGAAACUUGUAUCUUUGAAUCUUCCUUCCUAAGCAGUUGAGAGAGAGAGAGAGAGAGAGAGAGAAAUGGAGAUUCGUAUUCGAUGCAAUUGCGGUGAAGGAAGCUGCGUGGAAUGGGGUAUUGUUGAACUUCAAGGCGUGGUCGAACCACAACCCGAAUUCCAGGAUUCCCUUCCCAAUCUUGAGAUUGGCACUCUCUGUCGCCCUUCUUCUCAGGAAGUCUACACUUUAACUAUUGGGUACCAUGAACUGGCAGGGUCAAAGGUUCCCUUGAAGAAGCCGUUGGUGGUGCUCAAGAAAGUGAAGCAUCCGGAAGGAGAAAGUGGCGGUCAUGUGGAGCUGCAAGUUGUUGGAAUCAUUCGACAUCGGAUUCUCUUCAAAACAAGACCAAAGGCCAUCAUUUCUAGGCCACAGAUAACAUCCAGGGAAAAACAAACACCUAUCAUCUUAGGUUCAUCACCUUCAAAUCAGGCUGCUUGAAAUUCAUUGUCAUUGUCAUUCAAUGAGAAAAUCAAGUUCGACCAGAAAGCUGGGGAAGUUGGAGGAGGGACACAUAAUCCCCUUUUCAUGCUUUCAGACAAAAAUUAGACAAUGUCCAUGUGUCAUUCAUCCAUAUAUGUAAUCUUAGCAACCCCAUGAUUUGUGAUAAUGGCAAAAGUAGCUGUGAUUCAUCAAUACAAGACGUUUGAUGGGUCAUUAUCUUAAUCUUUGUUUUGGUGUAAAUAAAUAUGCAAAUAACAUCUAUUUACCUUAAGCUUAUCAGAAUUUCUUUUGGUCUCGAAUAAGGAAAAUUAUGUGGGAAUCAGCAUGCUGAAACACUUUGCUAUUCUUGUGCUUGAUUCUCCUUAUUAGUGGGGUUGA